UAGAGUGCACGCGCGACACGCUACGAACCCGCUACGAGUCUACGCUACCAACGAAACGCGUAACGAAAUGCUACGAGUGUAUUUAUGCUAAGUGUAAAAAUGUAUCUUUGUGCGUGCAUAUUUCUUCUAAUAUGCGGAACUGCUAUUGGAAAUCCAGCGAAAAUAGAUUCAAAGCGAGAUCACUGCAACAAGACAGUUGAGAUAUAUGAAGAUGUGUCGUCUCCGCCCGUCACAGCCGAGAACUUUGGUCGACCGCUCACUUGUACAUAUAGGUUUAGAGCAUUCCGCGGGUCACCAAAAGACUGGAUCUUAAGGAUACGUUUCAAGAAGUUCAAAGUGGGUAGUUUAAUAAAUGGCACCACUUGUCACAAGGGAUAUAUGCAGAUAGUCGAUGGGAACGCAAAAACGGACGUAUCAAACAGAAAAGAGCCGGGUCUAUUCUGCGGGGAGAUAGAGCAGCCGCAAACCUUUAUAUCCGAGACUAACUUCGUGAAAAUUGUCUUCCACGCUGAUAACUUCACCGACCAAACUUACUUCAGCUUUGACUCAAGAGCAGAACAGCAGUUCGAAGUGUACCUCAGAUAUGGACAGCAUCCAGAACUAUACCCGAAUAGAAGAGGAGAAGUUGUGGCUGGAUCAUAUUGCGAGAGAGUGUUCAGAGACUGCCGGCUGCAGACUUGCUACGUGCAGUCCGCGGCCUACCCUGGGGUAUACCCGAGGAAUCUGCACUGCAGGUACCACCUUAACACCAGGCUCCCAUACAUAAAGCUGUACAUAGAAAACGAAGAAUUUAAUAUAGACGGUCAGCGCUGCGAGAACAUUAUGACCUGUCCCAUGAGGCCUAUCACAUCAGGUUCAGAGAACUGUCCAUACGACUACAUCCGUAUCUACGACGGGAAGGACGAGUCAUCCGCCGUGAUCGGAACUUUCUGCGGGAUGGGCAAAUUUCCAUACUCCAUCAUCGGCACUUCGCAGGACUUGUUUGUCGAGUUCGUCAGUUCGCCCGCAGGUCCUCUCCUGAACACGGGUUUCCACUUCAACGUCGGCAACUGGCCAGGGCACGUGGAAGCUCCAGGCUCCAAGAUCGGUAACUGCGACUGGCUCCUCACAGCGGAAUCUCUGAAGAAGUCUGGAGACACUGAGGGCAUAUUCCUGUCUGUGGCACAUUGGUAUCCACCUCACACGUCUUGUACGUAUCUGAUGCAGGGCUUUCCGGGUCAAGUUGUGAGGCUGUAUUUUCCAAGCUUCCGAAUCAACCGGAUAGAAUCUCCCAUAGUGCCAUGGACAGGGGACUGUGGCGAGUCCCUGACGCUGUAUGACGCGCCUCGACCUGACGACGCUAAGAUUAUCAAGACGUUCUGUGACACAUUUAGUAGACCGAUGGAGAAACAUGACUUCGUGUCCACUGGCAACGCGAUGUUUGUGAGAUUUGAGAGCAAAACUGGCAGUUAUAGUGGCUCAUCCCUCUACUACUGGGCGCACUACGACUUUUUCAAUAAUACCCGCUUUGGCGAGCCCGUACCAAAUACCGCGUGCGACGAAGUGAUCGCGUCAUGGAAGCAGAGGGCAGGUCGGCUGCGUUCGCCGCUCAACACGUUAGUUUACAAGCAGGCGCCGCCGGGAGAGGACGUGCAUUGCUUGUACAGAUUCGUAACGGACAAGCGGAUAUAUGCAAGGGUCAUAUUGACUAUAAUGAGUGUUAAUUUUAAGGAACACCCCUACACACCAGUUUCUUGUCAAAACUGCUACGAAGACAGAGCCGAUAAACUAAUCAUAUGGGAGCCUUUCCCUGGAGGAAGGGCUGCAAACUUAUCCCUUGGAAUGACAACAACGCCUCUUCCUUUACAUUUAGCCGUUCAGAGAUCUGUAGGAUCUUGUCUUUGCGCAAAGCACGCAAAUACAGUAUCUCGUGCAAGGCCUUAUAGAGUAGUUUCGUCUGGUGAAACUUUGAACUUACAAUUAAUUGUUGACAAUGCUCAUGCUGCGGCGUCGUACUUUAAAAAUCCUUCUCCGCUCUUUGAAGCUAGAUACGAAUUCGUGCAUGGACCGCUUUGUGGACCAGCAGUUCUAGCCGCUGCGUCUGAUGGGGAAAUAGUAUAUCCGCAUUUAGAAGCACUGGGAUACACAGAACCACCUAAGAGAAUACAAUGUAUAUGGGACCUGGAAAUAGAGGAGAAGAGAGAUAUUUGGCUGCACUUUGAUAGCAUCAAAUUUGCGUCGCGACACUGUGAUGAUGGUAAUAUUCAAAUUUAUCUACCAGGUCGUAUAGAACCAUAUUUAUCAGUGUGUGGCGAAAAUGUAUCCUUUGCUCGGGAACUGCCUAUUCUAUCAGCUGGUGAACUCGGAUUUGAAUCUUUGGAUGAUCCAUUAAUAAUAGAAAAAGAAAAAACGAGGUCUAUCAGAAUUGUGUUUAUUGGAAGUGCGUCGCCAGCGCGAGCAGCAUUCAAAAUUGCUUGGACAGGGUUAUACCAUUUACCGAAAAACUCUGACGGUACGUUAAUGACGUCACGUUUGACCGACAGUGGUUUAGGUAGCCCUGAAGGACACAACUGCGAUUUCAUAUGUCCUGGAGAAGAAGCGCUAUGCAUCCCAGCUAGUUUAAUAUGUAAUGGGGUUGUCAAUUGUCCAAAUAUAACCGGCGGGGAGAGAAGAUUCUGGACUGCCGAAGAAAAACGAGCAAGGGAAGCGUAUUCAGAGGACAGUUUGCGUAGACUUGGUUACUUGGAUGCGUUAAGUGGUUUACAGUUGGGAAAGUUGCACGAUGAGGCUCCAGAGUUGUGUACAGGAGCGCGAAUGAAUGGUAGUGGUGAUUGGCUGGCGCCUGCUUUAGGAGCAGGGCUGGCUAUAGCUAUAUGUGUAUGUGCGCUGGGAGCAGCGUGGAGGUUGUGCUGCCGCAAGCGGUCCCCAGAUGAAGAGUCCCUGGAUUACUGACACGCGGCCCGCGGUGCGCACGCGCCGCCCACGCUCCAUUCUCGCUCAGCGUCUAGGGAUCUUCCCUUGGACUGGAGUUUACAUUGACAGACACUAUAUUGAGUGCCGGAAUCGUUUGUUGAUUAUUAAAUUAACUUUACAUCACGUUACGAGGUUCUUAGAUUUGUACAAAGUUUCAUAUUUUCUGUACAUGUAUGUUUGUGUUUAGAUUAUGCGAUUUAUUGGUUCCAGUGUUUUUGUAACCCUAUAGUUGUUUAUACGAUUAGAAGUUCAUUAAUCUGCGUAUUAAUGUUUAGAUCUGGCACUCAAACCUUGUUGUAAUUAGUGUAUAUACCCUCUAGUUACUCUGAUAUUGAAAGAUGCUUGAAGAUCAUAGGUUAGUAAACGGUGAUAGUAGCCAUAUUGAUUGGUGAUCUAAGUAAGUAUUAAGGGUGUAGUUCUACAAGAGAUGUGAGCUAGACAUAUUAUCGAUAGAUUUACACAUUUUCACGUUUUUUUUUGUAUACUAAUUUUCUUUAUAUUCAAUGGUAGUGAAUGCUUUAUUUCAAACUUCCCAACCAUCUGGACUCAUACCUAAAGUGAUUAAAAGAAGAUAUUUUGCAUUGGUUUCAUCAAUACACCCUAAACUUUUAUUUCCUGUUUUAAAGAUCCUGUUUCCUAAUUUUAAAGAUCCUUUCUAGUUCCUUCUCUUUUCUUCUCUCUAGUUCUUUCUAGCUCUUGAAAUAUUGAGUCUCAUAUAGCCUAGCUGGCAUCUCUAUCGAAGCAUUCUGAUAGUUGAUA